AAGCGGUUCCGCGCCAAGGUCAGAGUCAUGCAGAAUCAUAAACUGUCAAGCGAAUCAUGAUCUGUUCUCGCCGAGUCAGUGCUGCCGGAGCGAGGUCUAUUCGAUCGCGUUCAGCCGGCGCCUGAAUCUGUGCGGAAAAGGGAGCUGCAUAGUCAAUGAAUCAACAACCCCUGUCUCCAUUGAAACCACGCUCCUCGGCUCCGGGAUGCCAACUCAAGCUCCUAUUCAUAAGCGGCUUGUAUGCCCCUCUUGAAUCCCCGCUACAACAAGCUCAGACCUCUCCAGAAACAACCGAUAUUCUCUAAUUUUCGACAAUCAGCAUGGUAAAAUUCACGGUCGACGAGAUCCGGGCGCUCAUGGACAAGCCGCACAACAUCCGCAACAUGAGCGUCAUCGCGCAUGUCGACCAUGGCAAAUCGACGCUUACCGACUCGCUCGUCUCGAAAGCAGGCAUCAUCGCCAAGACAGGAGGGCGGUACAUGGACACAAGGCCUGAUGAAAAGGACCGGGGGAUUACGAUCAAAUCGACUGCUAUAUCUAUGUACUUCCAGCUCCCGGAGGAAGACCUGGCCGGCAUUGCAGCAACGAGCCAGGGGAACGGCUUCCUGAUCAACCUCAUCGAUAGCCCCGGCCACGUGGACUUUUCCUCGGAAGUAACCGCCGCGCUGCGCGUGACCGACGGCGCGCUGGUCGUGGUCGAUACGAUCGACGGCGUGUGCGUGCAGACGGAGACGGUGCUGCGGCAGGCGCUGGGCGAGCGCAUCAAGCCCGUCGUCGUCAUCAAUAAGGUCGACCGCGCGCUGCUCGAGCUGCAGGUCUCGAAGGAGGCCCUCUACCAGUCCUUCGCGCGCACGAUCGAGAGCGUCAACGUCGUCAUCGCGACGUACCACGACGCGGCGCUCGGCGACGCGCAGGUGGCCCCCGACCGCGGCACCGUGGCGUUUGGCGCGGGGCUGCAGGGCUGGUGCUUCACGCUGCGGCAGUUCGCGGCGCGGUAUGCGCGCCGGUUCGGUGUCGACCGCGGGAAGAUGAUGGCGCGGCUGUGGGGCGACCACUUCUUCAACCCGGCGACGAGGAAGUGGUCCACGACGGGGACGGACGCGGAGGGCAGGCCGCUCGAGCGCAGCUUCAACAUGUUCGUGCUCGACCCGAUCUACAAGAUCUUCGACGUCGUGCUCCACAGCAAGACCGCCGAGCUGCACGCUAUCCUCGACAAGCUCGAGAUCAGCCUCCCGCGCGAAUACUUUGAGCGGGAGCCGAAGAAGCUGCUCAAGGCGGUCAUGGAGGCGUUCCUCCCCGCGGGAGACUCGCUGCUCGACAUGAUCGUGCUGCACCUCCCCUCGGCCGCGGCCGCCCAGCGCUACCGCGUCGAGUCGCUGUACGAGGGCCCCAUGGACGAUGAGUCGGCUAUCGGGAUCCGCGACUGUGACCCGCGCGGGCCGCUGGUGCUGUACGUGUCGAAGAUGGUCCCGAGCUCGGACAAGGGCCGGUUCUACGCGUUCGGGCGUGUGUUCUCCGGCACCGUGCGCACGGGGCGCAAGGUACGCGUCCAAGGUCCGAACUACGUCCCGGGCGGCAAGGACGAUCUGUUCGCCGCGUCGGUGCAGCGCACGGUGCUCAUGAUGGGCCGCGUCGUCGAGCCGCUGGACGACUGCCCCGCGGGCAACAUCGUCGGCCUCGUCGGCAUCGACCAGUUCCUGCUCAAGAGUGGGACACUCACGACGUCCGAGACCGCACACAAUAUGCGUGUGAUGCGCUUCUCUGUGUCGCCGGUGGUGCAGGUCGCCGUCGAGGUGAAGAACGCCGCGGAUCUGCCGAAGCUCGUCGAGGGCCUCAAGCGCUUGUCCAAGUCCGAUCCGUGUGUGCAGACGUGGAUCGCACCGGAGACGGGCCAGCACAUCGUCGCAGCCGCCGGCGAGCUGCAUCUCGAGAUCUGCCUCAAGGACCUGGAAGACGACCACGCCGGCGUCCCACUCAAGAAAUCAGAUCCAAUCGUCCCGUAUCGUGAGACCGUCACCACGGAAUCCUCAAUCGUCGCGCUCGCCAAGUCGCCGAACAAACACAAUCGGCUCUACAUGAAGGCCGCGCCGCUCGGCGAGGACCUGGCGCUCGCCAUCGACUCCGGCCAGAUCGGCCCGCGGGACGACCCCAAAGCCCGGGCGCGCGUGAUGGCGGACCUGUUCGGCUGGGACGCCGCCGACGCGCGCCGGAUCUGGGCCUUCGCGCCGGAGGGCACCGGGCCGAAUGUGUUGGUCGAUACGACGAAAGGGGUGCAGUACCUCGCGGAGUCGCGCGACUCGUGUGUCGCGGGGCUGGAGUGGGCGGCGAAGGAGGGCGUCUGCGUCGAGGAGAGCAUGCGCGGGAUCCGCUUCAACCUGACCGAUGCCACGCUGCACACGGACGCGAUCCACCGCGGCUCCGGGCAGCUCCUGACGACGGCGCGGCGCGUCGUGCUCGCGGCCUGCCUCGCCGCGCAGCCGACGCUGAUGGAGCCGAUGUUCCUCGUCGAGGUGCAGUGCCCCGACCGCGCGCUCGGCGGCGUCUACGCGUGCCUCAGCCUGCGCCGCGCGCAGAUCGUCGCGGAGGAGCAGCGCCCGGGGACGCCCAUGUGCACGGUCAAGGCGUACCUCCCCGUCGCCGAGUCGUUCGGCUUCAAUGGCGCGUUGAGGCAGGCGACGGCCGGGCAGGCGUUCCCGCAGAGUGUGUUCGACCAUUGGGCGGUCAUAUCGGGCUCGCCGUUGGAGAAGGGGAGCAAAGCCGAGGCGCUGGCUCAGAGCAUUCGUGUGAGGAAAGGACUGAGCCCCUUGAUUCCGUCACUUGACACGUAUCUUGAUAAGCUGUAGGCGUAAGUAGAUGAUAGGCGGGGAUCGUCGUAGUAGCAGUAUGUAUUACUUUGUAUUCUCUCGCGACUGGAUCAAUGUGAUCGGGGGAUCCUGUUGCAAGACGCGGGGUGCUUACAGUUGCACUCAUACUUGAUCGGAGCAGUCAUUACCCGAGUCUUCAGAAGUCCCGAGCCG